CCGCUCCCCGCUCCCCGCUCCCUUGCCCUCUCCCUCGCCCCGCCGCUGCUGCCAGCCAUGGCCAUGAACCGUCUGGCUGCUGCUGCGUCGUCGCGCCGCGCCGUGCUCGCCGCCGCGCCGGCUGCCCGCGGCCUCCGCACGGCCGCUGCGGCGCCGAUGCGCAUGGCCGUGCCCGCCGUCGCGGCGGGCCCGCUGCGCAUGCGUGCCGCACACAUGGCCCUCGCCCGCUCCGUCAUGACGCAGGCCGGCGACCCCGUGCCGCUGCUGCCGCCGCCGCGCCGCCGCCGCUUCAUGCCGCGCUUCCUCCUCUACUCGACGCUCUCCCUCACGCUCUUCUACGGCGUCUCGACGCUCCUCGCGCUCAACUCGGACCGCUACGCCGACUUCUUCGCCGAGUCGGUGCCGCUGGGCGACCGCAUCCUCGACCAGGUCGAGGGCACCGACUUCGCCGAGAAGGCCAAGCAGCCCGUCAUCCGCUCGGCCAUCAACGCCUCGUACGGCCUCGGCUCGCUGGCGCAGAGCGGCGCCAACGCCGCCGGCCGCGCGUGGAACACGGCAAAGGACAAGAUCGAGGACGUGUCCGACUCGGGCGCAAAGGCCGCCGACACGACGCUGCGCGACGGCCGCGCGCAGCUGGCCGAGGCGCGCGGCAAGGCCAAGGACAUGAACUACAAGAUCCAGAAGAAGGCCGACGCCGUGGCGCAGCACGCCAAGGACGGCGCCGCCAGCGCGUCGCAGUCGGUGCAGAACGCCCUGAGCAGCGCAGGCGAGUCGGCCAAGGAGCUCGGCGAGGAGGCCAAGGCCAAGCUGCAGGAGCUGGUGGGCCGCGGCAAGGAGGCCGCCGGCGAGGCCGAGCAGCAGGCCAGGCGUGCCGGCGCCAAGGUCGAGGAGCAGGGCCGCGGCCUGCUGAACCGCGGCAAGGCGGCGCUCGAGGAGGCCAAGCCGGCGCCGUACGGCCAGCCGCUGCCGCUGCAGCACGAGGCGCCCGCCGGCUUCGCGACGCCGCGCACCGACCGCGGCCUCUCGGCAGAGAAGCACCCCAACGCGCGGCUGCGCGAGAACCCCGAGGCGCCCAAGCUGCCCAAGCUGGCGCCGGCGCUCUCGAGCCUCUCGGGCUCCGAGCCCAUGGUCUCGCAGCUCGCCGGCACCAUCGACGAGCUGGCGGCCUUCCUGCGCGACACGCCCAACUCGGGCUUCCAGGCGCGCGGCGUGCUCGACGACGCAAAGGCGGACCUGGAGCAGCUGGCGGCGCGCCUCGAGACGAUCAAGCGCAACGAGGCGGCGCGUGUCGAGAAGGGCCUCGCCGACGCGGCGAGCAAGUACGACAAGCAGCUGGCGGCCGCGCGGGAGGAGGCCGGCAAGCAGGUCGGCGAGGUCGACGCGGCGUGGAAGAAGCGCGACGCCGAGGAGCGCAAGAAGCAGCGCCAGGAGUACGAGAACCAGCUGCGCGCCGAGCUGGCGACUCAGAGCGAGAUCAUCAACGAGCGGCUGCGCGAGGAGGUUGUGGCGCAGGGCAUCGAGAUGCAGCGCCGCUGGAUGCGCGACAUCAAGAAGCGCGUCGAGGAGGAGCGCGGCGGCCGUCUGGCGCGCCUCGACGAGCUGGCGUCGGACCUCAAGCACCUUGAGGAGGUGACGAUGGAGAAUAGCUCGCAGCUCGACGAGGGCAGCAACGUGCACACGCUCUGGGCCGCCGUGCGUGCCGCCAAGACGGCCGUGCUCUCCGACGAGGAGCGCGCCGACGCCGAGUCGGGCGCGCCGCGCAAGCGCGCCUUCCGCGACGAGCUCAACGUGCUGCGUGCCUCGCCGCGCGCCAAGGACGACGAGCUGAUCCGCACGGCCGUGGGCAUUCUGGAGCGCAACCCGGCCGUCGACUCGGGCCUGGCCUCCUUCACCGAGCUGCACCGCUGGUUCGCCGACCGCGUGGCGCCGGCGUGCCAGCGUGCCGCCCUGGUGCCCGACCACGCCGGCAUUCUCUCGCACAUCGGCUCCGCCGUCGUGUCGCCCAUCUUCUACGCGCGCCGCGGCUACGUCGCCGGCGAGGACACGCCCAGCACGCUGGCGCGCGCCCACUACUGGCUCGAGCGGCAGGAGCUCGACGCCGCGGCUCGGGAAGUCAACAGCCUCAAGGGCUGGCCCAAGAUUCUCGCCGAGGACUGGCUCGAUGCAGCACGCGCCCGCCUCGAGGCACAACAAGCACUGGAGCUCGUCAGUGCGCAGACGACGUUCGCGGCGCUGCAGGUCGCAUGAGCCCGGCAUCACACUCUCUCCCUCUCUGUUGUGCCAAAAGCAGCUGGCAGCCCAGCUCUUGCAUCGGCACAGCGUGCACCCCUCUGCACUCCGUGCUCGCCUGCUUCCGCUUCCAACCGUUACGUAGAUCAAUGAGACACAGCUACACAGACCGUCCGCCUUGGGCUGAGUGUGUGUCAUUGCGCCGCAACGG